GUGUUUGACGUUGACUAGUACAGGAAGUUGUUUUACUUUGUUGACAGCUUUCCUUAAUCGAUUACCUCACCAGUUUUGCUUUUUUGUCAUCGAUAUUAUAAAGUAAAUAUGUAAUAUAUCUCAACAUUGUUCUAAUUGGACUGUUCUUCAUCAGGCUCGGUAAGGGCAGCGGUGUAGUUUGAGUGUGUUUGUGGCGGUGACUAAGUGAACUCAAGCCGGUGGAGAUGUCGUGCUCGCUGGAGAAGGUGCUGGGCGACGCGCGGACGUUGCUGGAGCGGCUGAAAGAGCACGACACGGCCGCGGAGAGUCUCAUCGAGCAGUCGGGCGUCCUCAGCCAGAAGAUCCACAGCAUGAAGGAGGUCGGAAACACUCUUCCUGACAAGUACACAGAGGAAAGCACAGAGUAUCAGGAGCUGUCCAGAUACAAACCUCACGUCCUGCUGACCCAGGAGAACACCCAAAUCAAAGACCUCCAGCAUGAGAACAGAGAGCUCUGGCUCUCUCUGGAGGAGCACCAGUACGCUUUAGAGCUGAUCAUGGGCCGAUACCGAAAACAGAUGCUUCAGCUGAUGAUGGAAAAGAAAGAGCUGGAUACCAAACCUGUGCUCAACCUUCACCAGGAUCAUGCCAAGGAGGUUCAAAGCCAGUUGGAACGGAUCUGUGAAAUGGGUCAAGUAAUGCGUCAAGCUGUGCAGAUGGAUGACAAGCGCUACUGCUCUGUGAAAGAACGACUGGCACAGCUUGAAAUUGAAAACAAGGAGCUCAGGGGUUUGCUGUCCAUCAGCAACACCUCAGUGAGGCCACAGAGAGAGGAGACCAACCCAGCAGCCAAGAGUCCUGAGAAACACGAGUCGUCAUAGAGGAAAUGUUUGUAUAUUUGUAUGUCAGGUGACCUGGUGUCCACUGGCAUAUCUGUAUUGGGUUCCUCUAGUGUUGAAUUAAACUGUCCUGGCAGUGGUUUAGCUUCCUGCUGCCCGAUGAUGCACUUUCUGAUGUUUAUUAUUAUUAAUGAUGCUAAUGUUUUUGUUCAGGAAAGACGUAUCACCUCUUAAUAACUUCAGUUCUGGCUCGAUUUUGCUUAAAAUUAGUUUUUUUUGUCUUAAAUUGAUUUAGCCUUAGCAGGAUUAUAGGUCUUUUUAGGUCAUGUGAUUAAAUUGUGUUUGGACUACAUUGUAUAUGGAAACAGAUUAUUAACAGACCUGUUAACUAACCUCAGCAUAAGAUAGUGGUAUCAUUAAGAAAGUUGUAUUUAUCAGCAGUAUUGCAUCUUUAAACAGUUUGAUGUGAUUAUCUUGUACGUCGUGUAACAUGUAGAGCACACCCGAGUAUCCUCUUAAAAUGGCCUCUCAACAUUUGCCAGUCUUUUUAUUGUAAAUUGUUGUAUUUUCAUCUCAGGAAAACAAUCAUAUGUACCGCAGUUGUUAUUUUGUAUAACUCAGUAUGUAAAAUAAAAUAGAAAUAUUCAAGUUUAAA